CGCAUAUAAAGCGCAGUCCGCACCAGGCGCACUUCAGAUCUCUGAGGAGAGACGCAUGAGCAUUGCGCACCGACACCUCAAGAGCACAGUGGAAAAUAUGCAUUCUAACUUUGUCAGUUUGGUGGGGACCCUGGCAUUCGUGCUGUGGGCGUUCCUGUGCCUGGGUACUCUGACAAACGGCUACCCGGUGAAACCAGAGAACCCCGGCGACGACGCCCCUGCCGAGGACCUGGCCAAGUACUACUCAGCCUUGAGACACUACAUCAACCUCAUCACAAGACAGAGGUAUGGCAAGAGGUCCAAUCCUGAGAUAUUGGACACACUGGUCUCAGAACUGUUACUGAAGGAGAGCGCAGACACACUUCCACAGUCAAGAUACGAGCCAUCAUUGUGGUGAGGAGGUCAUGGGUCAAUCUGCCCUCCACGUGUGUAAACAUCAUGUCAUCGUACGUUCACCAAAAGGACCGCCCUGACCGGGUCACAUUCCUCCUCCUUGCCUGUCUGCUACCCUUCUGCUGCUUUGUACCAUCAAAUUGUAAAUAUUAUACACGCGGUCAUCAUUUGUGAAUGUCUCGAGUAAACUGGGGGACAGGGUACGUCAUUUGUAGUGUAUGUUUGUGCAAUUAAAGAGUAAUGAUUUGAAA